AUGGGGUACGCAUUGCUCCAGCUCCACGGAUCUACGUGGAAACUCGUCGACGCGAACUCACGCUGGUGCACCGACACCGAAUCUCGUUACGCCAUUGUGGAGCUGGAGCUCGCGGCUGUCGAAUGGGCCAUGCGAAUGUGUCGCCUAUACCUCCUCGGUCUUCACAAUUUUCAGCUCGUCGUGGACCAUCAGGCGUUAGUCACCAUUCUGGACAAGUAUACAUUGGACGCCGUUGAAAAUCCCAAGCUGCAGCGUCUCAAGGAGCGCCUAUCGCCAUUUGUUUUCACCACGGUGUGGCGAAAGGGCCGCGCUCACUCCAUACCCGAUGCUCUCUCUCGAGCUCCGGUGAAUGAUCCUGGCCCUGACGACGAGGCCACCAACUCGGACAUCCAGUCAUUCGCCAGACGCGUGGUGAUCGGCCAAAUUCACACCAUGCAAUCGGCCUCCGACGACGACGCAGUUGUGGAAGUUACGGUGGAACAGCCUCACCUACCAGAUCCACUCUUGGACGAGCUAAGAGCAGCAGCCGCAUCAGAUCCCGAAUAUGCGGCGCUCAUGACGGCGGUCGCAACCGGAUUCUCCGUCCCUCGGCAUCACACAGCCCAGCAUAUCCGUCAGUAUUGGUCCGUUUGGGAGGAAUUAUCAGUGGACGACGGGCUGGUAUUGUUCGGCCGACGCAUCAUCAUUCCACGAUCGGCCCGCAAGGAUGUCCAACUCAAACUUCACGCGGCUCACCAAGGUAUCGUACGGAUGAAACGACGGGCGCGCCAGACGGCGUGCCAGGAACGACUCCCGCGCCAACCACAGGAGCCCCUUUUGCGCGAUCCCCUCCCGUCGAGAGUAUUCGAAGAUGUAUCCACUGAUCUGUCUCAGGUGGGAUCAUUGCACUUCCUUGUUUACGCGGACCGUCUCUCCGGUUGGCCCGUGGUCCACCAAUGGCGACACGAUCCAUCGGCCCGCGAAGUCACACAGGCUGUCAUCGAAAAUUUCGUCGACCUGGGCGUUCCGGUACGCAUGCGAUCCGACAACGGCCCUCAAUUCCACGCUCACAGUUUUCAAACCAAGCUACGCCAAUGGGGCGUGGUUUGGGGCAAUUCGACGCCAAAUUAUCCCCAGAGCAACGGCCAUGCGGAGGCGGCGGUGGCCGCCAUGAAAGAUUUGGUGACCAAAAUUCCCCCCCGCGGUGAUCUGACGUCGGACGAAUUCGCCAGUUGCAUGCUGGAAUUCCGCAACACCCCCAGAGAGAACGGCCUAUCUCAGGCGGAAAUGGUUUUCGGCCACCCUCUACGUUCCAUCGUCCCGGCGCACCGGACAUCGUACGCCACCCGUUGGCAAGCGGUCAUGGAAGGACGCGACCGGCAAGCUGAGCUCGACGCCGCGGUCAAAUUUAAAUACAACGAUCAUGCUAGGCCUCUCGCUCCACUACCGCUGGGCACCCAUGUCCGCGUGCGCGAUCCACCCUUAAAAUUGUGGGACAAAGUCGGCGUGUCAGCAUCGGGCGCUACCGAUCUUAUCGUAUCAAGUUCGAGAGUAGCAGCGUAUUGUGGCGUAAUCGGAGACUGCUUCGGCCAAUGGUGGCGAUCCCGGAUGCUGGCGAGCCAUCACCAGAGGCGGAUGUGA